AUGAAGUUAGGCUGGGUAAUUAUAGGUGAAGUCUGCCUGGGGAAGCAUCACGCAACAAAGAAUGUGAAUGUAAGGAAAAUAUAUGUAAAUCCUGAUGGUCGUCCAUCAGUCUUGAAGCCUUGUCCAAGUUGUAUAUGUGUACAAGAAGACACAGGAUAUCACAGCGGUUUUACACCAUGGAAGGAAAAUGAUAUUGGUUCUACAGUGUUUCACCGAACCAAAAAUGAUGACGAACCUGGAAAAUCCACAGAAGACAAAAUGUUCUUGAAGUUAAUGGAGAAAGAAUUUGUCAAAGAACCAGCAGGUAACUGGAGUGCACCUUUACCUUUUAAGCCCUUAAAGAAAAGAUUACCGAACAAUAAAUCCAUGGCUGUGAGACGUGCCAAUAGCCUAGCCAAGAGUCUUCAGUUCAAUUCUGUUAAAAGAGAACAUUUCCUAGACUUUAUGAAAAAGCUUUUGGAAAGAGGUCAUGCUGAAAUAGCACCACCUUUGAAAGAAAAUGAAGAAUGUUGGUAUCUUCCAGUGUUUGGAGUGUAUCAUCCAAAGAAACCUAGUCGUAUCAGGUGUGUUUUUGACUCUGCUGCUAAGUUUAGAGGUACAUCAUUGAAUGAUGUGUUGAUGACAGGUCCUGACCUAAAUAAUUCUCUGUUGGGUGUACUUCUACGUGUUCAAAAGAAUAGAGUGAACCGUAUUCACAGGUCAACUAAGCCAGAGCAAUGGAAUUAUGUUCCUACAUCUGUGAAUCCAGCUGAUCGAGCAACUCGCUCUAUGGUGAAUGAUUUCUCGCGUCAUGAUCUUGCUCAAGAAACUCCACAGCUAGUUCAACCAGAAGAUGAUAAGGAAGUAAGGCCAGAUGCUCUGAGAUGUGCAUGUGCCAAAUCAUUUAAAGGUAGAGCUGAUAGAAGUGUAGAGUCUUUCAGAAAAGCUGAAAUAUUUGUGAUCAAAGCAGUUCAAAAGGAAACUUACAAAGAAGAAAUUAGACUUCUUGAAGCAAAAAUGCAUCUUCCAAAAUCUAGCUCGAUUAUGGCUCUCAACCCGUACUUAGAUGAAGAUGUACGUCACUAUCACCAAAGUGUUCGACACCAAGGACGUCAUCUUACAGAAGGAGCUGUUAGAUCUGGUGGAUAUUGGAUUACAGGCGUGAAACGGUUGAUCUCAUCAAUCUUACACUCCUGUGUCCAGUGUAGAAAGUUACGAGGUAAAGAAGAAGUCCAGUUGAUGAGUGAUCUACCAGCAGAUCGCUUAGAACAUACUCCACCCUUUACCAAUGUUGGAGUUGAUGCUUUUGGACCUUGGACUAUAACGACACGCAGAACUCGUGGUGGAUCAGCAAAUUCGAAACGGUGGGCUAUUUUGUUCACUUGUCUUACAACAAGAGCAAUACACAUUGAGUUGGUAGAAGAAAUGUCCUCUUCAGCUUUUAUUAAUGCACUUAAAAGAUUUGAAGCUUUCAGAGGUAAAGUUAAACUGUUUAGAUCUGACCGAGGAACCAACUUUGUUGGUGCAACUGAUAGCCUCAAGAUAGAUGCAGUAAAUGUGGAAGAAAAGAAGAUAGUAGACCAUCUGUACCAAACAGGCACUAAAUGGAUCUUCAACGCUCCCCAUUCAUCGCACAUGGGAGGUGUAUGGGAACGCCUCAUUCGAAUCUGCCGGAAGAUCUUAGAGUCAAUGCUAGCUGAAACUCCUUAUAAAACUUUGACGCAUGAAGUGUUAUCAACCUUCAUGGCAGAAGUAUGUGCCAUAGUGAACAAUCGACCAAUAGUAAACGUAUCAACUGAUCCAGAAAACCCUUUCAUCUUGUCACCUGCCACCAUUCUUACUCAGAAAGUUGGAAUAGACCAUGUAGAAGAUUCAGUAGGAGAAAUUGAUACAAAAGACCUUUUGAAAACAGAAUGGAAACGUGUUUCUGCCCUCUCAGAAAUAUUUUGGAAUCGUUGGAAAAAGAAUAUCUGCACACACUCCAAGAACGUAGAAAAUGGUGUUGUGCAAAACCUAGUCUCACUGAAGGUGAUGUUGUGUUAUUGA